GGUGGGGAGGGGUGGGAGUGCCGGUCGCGGAGUCGAGAACCUCGCGGGACUCCGCGCCCUCCUCAACCCAGGGACAAGGGCUUUCGCGACGCUCAGAGGAAUCUCACCCUCUUCUACUGGAAGCUGCUGGCUGUGCGUCUGGGCUUCAUCAUCGCCUUCGAGCACGUGGUGUUCUUCCUGGGCCUCAUCGCCUGGCUCGUGCCCGACGUGCCAGCCGCCCUGGCUACCAAGAUAAAGCGCGAGCGCUACCUGGCCAAGCAGGCGCUGGAGGACAACAGGGAGGCGCUACUUUCGCCAGCUGGACAGAGAGAGGGCUUCCCCUGCCGGAGCAGCCGAACAACAUCAGCAGUGGGCCUUGGCUGGAGAGGCCCAGGUGGGUGGCAGAGCAAAGGAGGAAUGGACUGUGGGCCACCUGGCACUGCCCACCGCCCAGUAGCUGUGUGCCAGCAGGAGAGUCUGUCCUUUGUGGAGUUGCCCACCCUGCAGCCCCCAAGCCCUGUGUGUCUGGAUCUCUUCCCCGUCGCUCCAGAGGAGCUGCAGGCACCUGGCAGCCGCUGGUCUCUGGGGACCCCUGCUCCUCUCCAAGGGCUGCUAUGGCCACCAUCCCCAGGAGGCCCAGACACCGAGAUCUCUACCAGUGGGGGAACGCGGCCCAGCAGGGCUGGCAGCUGGCCACACUGUCCUAGUGCCCAGUCCCCAGCUCUGGAGGGACCCUGGAGUCCCCAGCACCUACAGCCACAGCGCCGGGCCAGCCACGGCUCAGAGAAGAAGUCAGCCUGGCGCAAGAUGCGGGUGUACCAGCAAGAAGAGGCCCUUGGCAGCCCUGAGGCCCAUGCUGUCUUCCUGGAGCCAAGCCAGGCGACAGAACAGGCCCUGAGCACAGGGGAGCCUAGGCCGCUGGAGCUGCCUGGGCCCACCCGAGUGGGCCUCGAGGGGCCUGAGCGGAGGCGCUUCUCAGCCUCUGAGCUGAUGACCCGGUUGCACUCUUCCCUGCGCCUGGGACGGAAUUCAGCAGCCAGGGCACUGACCCCAGGGUCAGGCCCUGGAGCUGCCCGGGAAGGGAAAGCGUCUGGAAGAGAGUCGCGCAGUGUAGAGAUGCGGGUGGACGCCAUGGCGAUGCCGGCUCUUGUUGACCUGAGCGGGGGCCAUGGCAGCUGGCCCGAGCCCAGGCUAGAUGCGCAGGAAGAGCCGGCUCCGGGUUCCAGGAGCGCCAGCGAGCGUCGCCGGUCACGGUUCCUCCUUAACUCGGUCCUCUACCAGGAAUAUAGCGACGUGGCCAGCGCCCGCGAACUGCGGCGGCAGCAGCGCGAGGAGGAGGGCCCGGGGGACGAGGCCGAGGGCGCGGAGGAGGGGCCCGGGCCGCCGCGCGCCAACCUCUCCCCGAGCAGCUCCUUCCGGGCGCAGCGCUCGGCGCGAGGCUCCACCUUCUCGCUGUGGCAAGACAUCCCCGACGUGCGCGGCAGCGGCGUCCUGGCUACGCUGAGCCUGCGCGACUGUAAACUGCAGGAGGCCAAAUUUGAGCUGAUUACGUCCGAGGCCUCAUACAUCCACAGCCUGUCGGUGGCCGUAGGCCACUUCUUAGGCUCGGCCGAGCUGAGUGAGUGUCUCGGGGUGCAGGACAAGCAGUGGCUGUUCUCCAAACUGCCUGAGGUCAAGAGCACCAGCGAGAGGUUCCUACAGGACCUGGAGCAGCGGUUGGAGGCCGAUGUCCUGCGCUUCAGCGUGUGCGAUGUUGUGUUGCACCACUGUCCGGCCUUCCGCCGCGUCUACCUGCCCUAUGUCACCAACCAGGCCUAUCAGGAGCGCACCUACCAGCGCCUGCUCCUGGAGAACCCCAAGUUCCCCAGCAUCCUGGCUCGCCUGGAGGAGUCUCCCGUGUGCCAGCGUCUGCCCCUCACCUCCUUCCUCAUCCUGCCGUUUCAGAGGAUCACCCGCCUCAAGAUGCUGGUGGAGAACAUCCUGAAGCGGACAGCACAGGGUUCAGAAGACGAAGACAUGGCCACCAAGGCCUUCAAUGCACUCAAGGAGCUGGUGCAAGAGUGCAAUGCCAGUGUGCAGUCCAUGAAGAGGACAGAGGAGCUCAUCCACCUGAGCAAGAAGAUCCACUUUGAGGGCAAGAUCUUCCCGCUGAUCUCUCAGGCCCGCUGGCUGGUUCGGCACGGGGAGCUGGUGGAGCUGGCACCACUGCCCGCAGCACCCCCUGCCAAGCUGAAGCUGUCCAGCAAGGCGGUCUACCUGCACCUCUUCAAUGACUGCCUGCUGCUCUCCCGGAGGAAGGAGCUGGGGAAGUUCGCCGUCUUUGUCCACGCCAAGAUGGCUGAGCUGCAGGUGAAGGACCUGAGCCUGAAGCUCCAGGGCAUCCCUGGCCAUGUGUUCCUCCUUCAACUCCUCCAUGGGCAGCACACGAAGCACCAGUUCCUACUGAGGGCCCGGACAGAAAGUGAGAAGCAGCGAUGGAUCUCAGCCAUGUGCCCCUCUAGCCCCCAGGAGGACAAGGAGGUCAUCAGCGAGGGGGAAGACCGCCCCCAGGUUCAGUGUGUGAGGACAUACAAGGCACUGCAGCCAGACGAGCUGACCUUGGAGAAGACUGACAUCCUGGCAGUGAGGACCCGGACCAGUGAUGGCUGGCUGGAGGGAGUCCGCCUGGCAGAUGGUGAGAAAGGGUGGGUGCCCCAGGCCUACGUGGAAGAGAUCAGCAGCCUCAGUGCCCGCCUCCGAAACCUCCGGGAAAAUAAGCGGAUCACAAGUGCCACCAGCAAACUGGGGGAGCCCCCCGUGUGAUGGGCAGCCAUGGCCUGGGACACCUGCUCCACGCCCGGCUCCUGGACAGGUCUGAAGGGGGCCUGCGGUGUCUCCAUGCCCCAAGCUGCUGUCGCUGGGACUUCUGUUCUGAGGCCUGGCAUUGAGAGUACAGGCUGGACACAGGAGGGGGUCUCCCCUGUCCUCAUGUUCCUCAGUGUCCACAAUUCAGGGACGAGGGUAGUUUCUUCCUCUGGCUUGGGGGCCACAACUUGUGACCUCUGAUAUCUGGCAAGGACUGGGGCCCUCUCCCUUUCCUGCCCUUGACACUGCCUGACUCUUGGUCCCUCUGGCAGGGACCUGGCUGGCAAUGGCUCUGGUGCUGAUGGGUGCUGGGACCUGUACAUGUAUAUGUAUCUGGAGUCUUCUGGCCUGAGCCUGUGUGGGCCCUGGUUGCUGUGACCUGUCUGUAAAUAAAGUCCCAUAAUGCCUUU